ACCCGGGCCGGGCCGGUUCCCUCCCAGGCACCCCCCGGCGGCGGGUUCGGCCCGUCGGAGCCCGGAUCCCCUCCGCGGUUCUGGCCCAGGCCGGCUCCCCGCGCAGCCCCUGAGGAGCGGUGUCGCCGGGGCCGGGGUGUGGGGCUGGGGCGCCCCGGGCCUUGCCCCCGCCCCGGCUCCUAUCCCUGGGGCCUGCCGGGCCGACCUGUCCCGGUGCCCUGAGCGCCCUGCCGGCAGCCGCCCCAGGGGCUGAAGCGACGCUCCCCUGCCUGCCUGGCGGGCUCCCUUGGCGGGGCAAGCGCUGGCUCGGGCCCCUCCCGCAAGCACCUGUCCUAGAUGUCCGCUCCUACGGGUGUGGGACGGGAGCCCCGGAGGCAGGCGGAUCUGACAGGGCAGCCAGAUGUGAGACGUAACCCCGCUUGUGCACCUGCCAGAGGCGCAUGACCAGGCACUGACAUAUGCCUUUUAAACCGUGGGUGCGCCUGGAGAGCUCGAGACGGGCUUGAUCAAAACGGUAUGCCUGUUUGAUGCCCUGGAUUCAUUUCCUGCCCCACCUGAGUCCUGGAAAUCUACACGAUUUGAAUGGAGCAGGGAAGAAGUUGGUUCCAUGACUCGUCAGGCAGAUAUAAAGGAGCUGAUGAGGCAGGUUAUUUAUGUACUCUCCCUAUGGAAUGUGUAGCUUGAGGGAAUUUCUCAUGCUUCCUAUCAGGCAAAUGCUGCUCAAAAAGGUUCCAUAACCAUGCAGCUGGACAUAUGACUUCUACAGGGGACUGUGGAGGCAAAUACAUUUGGAGUACAGACAUUGCUGCUGAUCUUUCUGCUUUCACAAGAUGGAGCCAUCUCCAUUUAACAGAAGACAAUGGACUUCGCAGUCUCUGAGAAUCACUGCCAAAGAGCUUUCUCUAGUCAACAAGAAUAAGUCAUCAGCUCUCCUUGAGAGGUUCUCCAAGUAUCAGAAAGCAGCCGAAGAAGCUACUGCAGAGAAAAAAAGAAAUAACACAGAAAAUCUUCCUCCUCAUUUUAAAAGGGGGACUCUGAGUGUGUUAAAGAAGAAGUGGGAGAAGCCAAUAUUGGGAACAGAGUCUGGGACAGAAACCCUACAAAGCAACUGUACUGAGGUUAGGCAGAAGGUUGCCAGCCCCAGUGUUGGAGUAGAAACCAACCCUGCUUCUGAAGCAGAAACUGACCAAACAUCAAGGGUCUAUACUAAAUCUCAACUCCGAUCGCCUUCUGGAGCCUUUGACCAAUUGAAAUAUCCAAGUGUUGACAGCAAGGAGUCUAAGAUCUACUCAUUGGAGAGUGAUAAAAUGGAAAAUUGUGUAAGAGAAUCCAGACAAGAAGUAGGCAAACCUGAGGCCAGUGAAAACCCGGACUCUUCGGGGAAGAUAGAGAAAUAUAACAUCCCACUAAACAAACUAAAGAUGAUGUUUGAGAAGGGCGAUGCAACUCAAACAAAGAUUUUUCGGGACCAGAGUAGGACUACGGGUAGCAGGAGAAUCUCUGAAAACAGCUUCUCUUCAGAGGACCUUGACAUCUGCUCUGGGGAGAGGAGCCAUAAUGUUUCAGAUCACCUGGUCUGUAGCUCUCCAACGUUCAGCCCAGACAAGCCAGAGAGUAGAAGAAACCUGGAGAUGCCUCACCUAACAGAAACUUCAAUAAAGGAUAGACUGGCAAAGUACCAGGCAGCUGUGUCCAAGCAAGGCAGCUCCACAGGCCACGUGAAUGAGAUUCAAGCCAGUGACAGUGAAAUCAAGAGUUACAAAUCUGAGCAGAAGGAGAAUGUGCCACCAAGUCCUGAGGACUCCGUUUCCCAUCAGGAUGGGGAUAAGGUUUUCUUCAGGGAGAAGAGUCUGGGUUUCCACUCCAAUCUUUCUGAAGAUAGCACCAUUGAACUGAACUCGCAGAGUGAGACUGAAGCCAAGAGACGUCUCUACACAAAACAGCAGAGCUCUGAUUCCAAACCAGCCAACCAGACUGACACCUCUCCACCAAAAGUAGUGAAGAAGUUUCAGUUGCCAGUGAAGGAAACCUGUGUUGCGUGUCAGAAGACAGUGUACCCAAUGGAACGUCUCUUUGCCAACCAGCAGGUGUUUCAUAUCAGCUGCUUCCGCUGUUCACAUUGCAAUAGUAGACUCAGUCUUGGAACAUAUGCAUCUCUACGUGGGAAUAUUUAUUGCAAGCCUCACUUCAAUCAGCUCUUUAAAGCCAAAGGCAACUAUGAUGAAGGUUUUGGGCACAAACCGCACAAGGAACUAUGGGUAAGCAAAACUGAGAAUGAAGAGUCCCUGGAGAAAUCUGCCCACACUGUAAAUACAAUAGAAGGCCCUCAAAGUCCGGGAGUAGAGGAUGCCCCAAUUGCAAAGGUGGGAGUUCUUGCAGCUAGCAUGGAAGCAAAAGCUGCAGCUUUGCCUGGAAGGGAAGAGAAACCAGCAGAAACAAAGAAACUGAGGAUUGCCUGGCCACCUCCAUCAGAGCUAGGUAGUCAAGGAAGUGCAUUGGAAGAGGGUAUCAAAGUAUUUAAGCCAAAGUGGCCCCCAGAAGAUGAGGUGUCAAAGCCAGAUGUGCAGGAGGAUGUGGACCUGGAUCUCAAAAAGCUACGAAGAACAUCCUCACUGAAGGAAAGAAGCCGUCCAUUUACAGUAGCAGCCUCAUUUAGAACAAUGUCUGUUAAGGGCCAUAAAACAGAGAAUGUAUCUUCUCCUUCCAAAGCAGAUAAGGUCACGUUCAAUCAAAAUGAAGAACUAGAGAGUGAGGCAGUGAUGGAAAGAAAGCGAAAGGAAAAAAGAGCUGAGAAUGGGAACAUCCAGAACACUGAAGAGAAGAAUAAAGAACUGGAGGAAGAAAGAGGAAGGGAAGUGCCUGAUAUCAUGGCAGACAGGGAAGAGAACUUGGUACAGAAUGGUCAGGUGGGUAUGGAGACAGAUGAGGAAGAAAACGCCACAGUGCAGCAGCCAUCUCCAAAUAAAGAAAUCUUUGAUUCCAACUCUCCUAAACAUUUCAGCUUAUUGAACAUGGUCCCUGCCAAGGAAUUAUCCCCUAGCCAGAAUAGCAAAUCCAAAGAUGUUGUGUUCUGGGAAGAUGAAGAUGUGGAAGAUUUGUCUGUGGAAGAACAGAUCAAGAGGAAUCGUUACUAUGAGGAAGAGGAUGAAGAUGAAGAAUAAAUUGGCCUUUCACUAGAAAACUUGCUGCAAGGUGCUGGGCCUUAAAUUGGUGUAUUAGCUUUUAACAAGCAGCUGCCCUCUGUGAAAGUGAUGCUAUCCUGCACGUUGACACAUUAGGGAACAACAGAAUGUACAGAUAUGAGGUAGAAAAGUACACUAGAAACCUGCAAAGAUCAUGUCUAGCUGUAUGGAAACAUGUUUGAUCCCUUGGUGUGGGACAGCUGUUCCUACAUCAGGUAAUCACAAUUUACAGCAUGAGAACACAAAUCUAUUCUAUACCCUGGUCAUUGUAUUUUAUUCUUUUUGUGCUUUGGCGCUUAUUCCAGUAACAGUAGUUUGCAGGAUUCCACUGUACUCCCAAAGGUGGUAUUAAACACUUUCUGUAAUACACUAUUAUUACCACUGUGAAUGCUACUGCAGUGCUUAGGGACCAAUUCCAAAGGGACUUGCAAGCCUGCUUUAAAAAUGACUGAAUGCACUUUAAUACAUGUAAAGGGCACAGUUGGGAUGUUUUCCUCAUGAAAACACUAAUUUUCUUUGUGCUUAGUAUCUAGCAACUAAAAUAUAUUAAGUACACAGAAUGCAAUGUAAUUCUUUUUAUUUGCUUGCUCUUGAUGAGUGGAAAACUUCUUACUUUGCACUCUGCUCUCCUGUAUACACAACAAAUUCUAAACUGGAAUUAAGAGGUAGUACAGCCCUCUGGCUGGCUAAUGCACCAGUGUGCCCCUUGCUGGAAUAGUAGUGCAGAUCAAACCCAAUGAUGACUGACGAUACUCUUGAAGACAAACCACCCCUUUCACAGGAGUCUGCAUUCCAUGUGCAUUUUCUGAGGUGACUUUUUUCUACUUUUAGAUUUCAUUCCCUCUUCUGAUUCACUUAAAACUGCAAAUAACUUUUUUGUAAGGCCUUUUGACAGUUCUUAAACCCUACUUGUACCAAACUGCUAGAGAUCUUUUUUUAAUAGUUACAACUGUGAGACAUACACAUACAAAAUCUAAGAGAACUAGACAAACAGUGGGAUUCUUUCUGGGAACUGGUUUCUAGCAAAGCUUUUAGUACAUUUUUAAACUUGACCGGAUUUAUUUUACAAAUAAUAAUAUGAAUGGGGGGGGGUUAUUCCUACAGUAGUUUAUUCUCUGUACUGUAUUCACUUGAGAAUUAGUCCUAACUAUAUUUUUAUAGAGGUGUAAAAUAUUCUACUUUCUUCCAAUCUUGCUAAAUAUGAAACAUUUGUAUUCAAUAAAGCAUUGUAAUUUACUUUGAA